AUGGACGAUGCCGGAGUUUCAAAAAUAACAGCCAAACUGAAGGAAAUAUUUCAGAAGUGGCAAACGGGUUCUAAAGAGUGUAACGAUGAACAUUCUGGUGUGAAUAAUGUGGGAAUAUCGCCGAUGAUUAAGAAGAGGCUAAACAGUUUGAUGUAUUGUGAUUCUGAUGAAGAUAGCUGCAAUAGUCCUAAAGGACCAGAUGAUGUUCCAAAAGGGUACUUGGCUGUGUAUGUUGGCCCUGAGCUUAGGAGGUUUAUCAUUCCAACAAGCUACCUUGGUCAUUCUCUUUUCAAGAUGUUGUUGGAAAAAGCUGCUGAUGAAUUUGGUUUUGAUCAGAGUGGUGGACUUACUAUUCCUUGUGAAAUUGAGACCUUUAAAUAUCUUCUUAAUUGCAUGGAGAAUACUCAGCUUCAAGAUCAUGAUAACUCAUCUGGAAACACAUGA